ACAAAAGCAGCAUAGGACAGAAGAGGAAGCUGAGAGGUCAUCACACAUAUGUGCUACAUAUAUGCUACCUAGGUAUAAUAGUUAAUACACAGACAAUGACAUAUAGCCAAACGCGGCUCGGUUAAACAUCCCUCUGUGAGGCUACCUAUGCGCUCUUGGCUUAUCUCCUUAUUUUCCGGUUUGUCCGUUGAGAGAAAAAGUUCUAUCCUUCUCCCCGAGGAUAUGAUCCCGGAUGCAUGCAUCCGGCCUGUCACACUCAUGAGAGACGGUAGAACUGGCGCCGUCACUUGCUAUGUUCUAGGGAUAGGUAAUCACAUGGUAGAAUAUAUGGCAAAUGGCUUUUACCUCCGGAGUUAUGGUCGCAAGGUACUCCGAUGAUAUUCCUUUAAAACGUCAGGGAAUCCUGCCUUGAGAAAGGGUCUUGCAGCAUUCAGAAGCAUCGCGUCCUUCGACAUCCUAGCCGUGUUCGCAUAGAGACAGAAUCACGAUGUCGAAAAGUGUCGUUCCAAGAAAGAUCCUAAUCGUGGGCGCUGGCCUCGGUGGACUUUGCGCUUCCCUCGCAUUGCGGCAGGACGGCCAUUCAGUCACCAUUAUCGAUGCCGCACCCGAAUUUGCAGAGGCCGGGGCAGGUAUCCGGAUUCCGCCGAACAGUUCCCGUCUGCUUAUGCGCUGGGGCGUCGAUCUCGAUAACAUGAAGAAGUCGGUUUCAAAACGGUAUCAUUUUGUCCGUUGGAAGGAUGGGACAACUAUCACGAAGUUGCCUUUCGAAAGGGUUGUUGAAACACACAAGGCACCGUAUUAUCUGGCACACCGGGCAGACUUGCACGCAGCAUUGCUGGAUGCAGCAAGGAAAGCGGGAGUCGAGAUAUACACAAACCAGAAAGUGGACAAAUACGAUUUCAGCAUUCCCUGUGCUAUAACAGUUGAAGGAAAGACAUGGACUAGUGACCUGAUCAUCUGUGCAGAUGGGAUCAAAUCGACAGCUCGCCCACUGCUGACAGGGCAACCAGACGUUCCUCGCGACACCGGCGACGUGGCAUACCGCAUCCUCAUCCCUGGCAAGGAGCUUCUGGCGGACCCUGACCUGAAAGAGCUUAUCGCCGACCCAGCUACCACGUCCUGGUGCGGUCCUGACGCCCAUUUGGUCGGAUAUCCAAUCCGCGACGGCGAGCUAUACAACAUAGUUGUAUGCGCGACAUCUUACGGAGAGACAACCGACGAGGUCUGGGUUGUCAAGGGGUCAAACGAAGAGCUUAGCAAGCGGUUCGCCUCCUGGGAGCCGCGUAUCCAGAAAUUGUGCAAACUUACGCGGGACUUCAUGAAAUGGCGUCUUUGCGACUUGCCUAUUCUGUCUACCUGGGUCCAUCCGUCAGGAAAAGCCUGUCUUUUGGGAGAUGCAUGUCAUCCCAUGUUACCGUACUUGGCGCAGGGUGCAGCUCAAGCAGCCGAAGACGCAGCUGUUUUGCGACAAUGUCUUGCCAGAUAUGCGGAUACACAUGAGGCUCUGAAGCAAUACGAGAAGAUUCGUCUGCCACGCGCAUCUACCAUCCAGGGUAAGACACGGGAGCAUCAAUAUAUUCUCCAUAUUGAUGAUGGCGAGGAACAACGUGAGCGCGAUGAGCGCAUGCGCCAGAAUUCAGAGAUUAACCCAGUCUUCUGGGGCUAUGAUAAGCGAAUGAAGUGGCUGUUCAGCCAUGACGCUGAUCUCCUUGAACAGAAUGAAACUGUAUGGCCACAGGCAGCAGCAGCAUCGCUGUGAGAACCAUGUCAUUCUAAAUGGGUUCUAUCCUGACACACGCUAUGGCUUCCAAUGUUAUCGAUAGUUUCAGACCACAAUGCUAUCUC